AUGGAUCAACAGCAGAGUCAAUCCGGACCUCAAGGUCCUGGUGGGCGCAAGUUCCAUAUUGCUCAUCGGAGAAGUCCUUCUGAGCUUACCCCAUUGAUGAUGGAACAACUGGCCAUUCAGCAACAGAUUGAGUUGCUCCAGCAGCAGCAGCAACAGAUUGCUGCCACGCACCAGCAAUAUGUUAACAUGGGCUUGUUGCAGCCUCAACAACUGGGCCAAGUGCAAUCCUUCCAACCGGGUGCCUCCAUGGGCGGCGUUUCCCCACAGGUCAACGCAUUCCAGUUCCCCCAGCAGGGACAGCAACAGCUUGGAGUACCCAUGAACCAACAAAAUCAGCACUCGCAUCGUCGUAACCAGUCCGCUCUUCCGGGCCUCCCCAUGGGUCCGCCACCUGCUCCAUCCUCCGGCGCGUCAGGAUAUGCCGAUUACAACCAGCAGGGCCAGAACAACAACCACAAGAAUGAGAACACCAACCACGGUCGCGGUCGUGGAGGUCCUCCCGGUGGUGGUCACCAGCGCCGUCACUCGCUUGCUCUCCCGGAAGCCAAGAAGGCCGCUGAGCUCGCUCAGCAGAAGCGAACAGCUUCUGGAUUCCAGUUCCCGGCUCCUGCCCCUGGUGCAAGCGGUGAUAACCAGUCAUCUUCAGAUGACAAGCCUGCAGCUAGCACUUCCCCGGCACCCCAGGGACUCGGCUUUCAGCGGGCUGGCAACAUUCGCGCUGGUGGUCAUGGUCGAAGCCAGUCGAUGGCCAUUGGUGGUAACCGUGGUUCCAUCUCCGGCCGCGGAGCGGGUGGUUUCCAAUUCCCCCAAGCCCCUGAGACCUCUUCCGGCCAGCCUGAUAACCAGCGGCGAGGAAGCCAGCCCGGCCACGCUCGGUCGGGUUCGCGCAACUUCGAGGGCAACUGGCGCCAGCCGAACAACCAGAACCAAGGUCAGGAUCAGCAGAGACCCAUGGGCCAACAACAGGGUGGCUUCCAGCCUGGUCACCGCUCGCGCGGCUCAAUGAACCAGUCAAUGGGUUCUAUUGGACAGUUCCAGUACCCUCCUCAGCAGCAGCCUCAGCUUAUUCAAUUGCCCCAGGGUCAAUUGGCACAGCUCCAGGCCCUUCAGCAGCAGAACGGUCAGGGCAUGGGUCUCCAGGCCAGCCAGCACGCCCCGCCACAGAUGUCUGUCCAGCAACAGCAACAGCAACAGCAGCGGAAGACCCUUUUCACUCCUUACCUGCCUCAGGCAAACCUACCUGCACUCCUUAGCAAUGGACAAUUGGUCGCUGGUGUUUUGCGUGUCAACAAAAAGAACCGUUCGGACGCUUAUGUGACCACUGAUGACCUCGAUGCCGACAUCUUCAUCUGUGGUAGUAAAGACCGCAACCGUGCUCUUGAGGGUGACUUCGUCGCCAUUGAGCUGUUGGACGUCGACGAGGUGUGGUCCCAGAAGAAAGAAAAAGAGGAAAAGAAGAAGCGCAAGGACAUUACCGACGCUCGCUCCAACAGCAAUGCCGGAAAUGACAAGCUUGGUCGCGCCGAUUCCACUGGUGACAGACAAGAAGUCGGCCCGGAUGGAAGCAUCCGUCGCCGUGGCAGUCUUCGCCAGCGUCCUACCCAAAAGAAGAACGACGAUGUCGAAGUCGAAGGCCAGAGCCUUCUUCUGUGUGAGGAAGAUGAGAUCAGUGAUGAGCAAAAGCCUUUGUAUGCCGGUCAUGUUGUUGCCGUCAUUGAGCGUGUUGCGGGCCAGAUGUUCUCUGGUACUCUGGGCCUCUUGCGUCCCAGCAGCCAGGCCACAAAGGAGAAGCAGGAAGCCGAGCGGCAAGCCAGAGAUGGCGCCCACGGCCGUUCCCACCACGACCGUCACCAGGACAAGCCCAAGAUUGUUUGGUUCAAGCCCACUGACAAGCGUGUUCCUCUCAUUGCUAUCCCCACCGAACAGGCGCCGCGGGACUUCGUUGAGAAGCACCAGGACUACGCCAACAGAAUCUUCGUUGCUUCCAUCAAGAGAUGGCCCAUCACCUCCCUCCACCCCUUCGGUACCCUCGUUGAGCAACUUGGUGAGAUGGGUGACCUGCGCGUUGAGACAGAUGCCCUGCUCCGUGACAACAACUUCGGAUCCGAUGACUUCUCGGAUGCCGUGUUGAAGAGCAUCGGCUGGGAAGACUGGUCUGUUUCCAGCGAGGGUGAUGCUCUGGCUUCACGCCGCGACUUCCGUGAAGAGACCAUCUUCACGAUUGAUCCCGUCGACAGCAAGGCCCUUGAGGACGCAUUCCAUGUCAAGAAGCUUGCUGAUGGCAAGGUCGAGAUUGGUGUCCACGUUGCCGACAUUGCUCACUUUGUCAAGGGCAACUCCCUCGUUGACCGUGAGGCCAAGAAGCGCGGUACCGCUGUUUAUCUGGUUGACCGUAUCAUGAACAUGUUGCCUACCCGUGUUUCCACUGAGCUCUGCUCUCUGGUCCCUGGAGAGGACCGCCUAACAGUCAGCGUUGUCUUCAAGGCCAACCCUACUACCGGUGUCGUCGAUGAGGAUGUCUGGAUUGGCAAGGGUGUCAUCAAGAGCGCUGGCCGACUUGACUAUGACCAAGUCAACGCAAUUGUCAAGGGCAAGUCCAAAGAGAGUGCCAGCGGUAUCUCCGCUGAUAACAUUCGCUUGUUGAAUGACACUGCCGGCAAAUUCCGUGAGGCUCGCUUCGGUAACCGGGUAUCGAACGUCCCUGUUCAGCGUUUGCUCCAGCAACUCGAUGACGAGAACGUUCCCGUUGAAUAUAACAUUUUCGAAUCUACCGCUGCUCACGAACUUGUUGAGGAGCUUAGCCACCAGGCCAACUUCUUCGUUGCCCGAAAGCUCGCCAGCGCCAUGCCCGACAAGGCAUUCCUGCGCCGACAGUUCCCGCCCAACCCUCGUCGCCUGACUCUGUUCGUUGAGAGAAUGAACCGUCUUGGCUUUGAGAUGGACCCCAGCAGCAGUGGCAGCCUCCAGAGCUCUCUGUGCAAGGUGCAAGAUGUGGAUCUCCGCAAGGGUAUGGAAACUCUUCUUGCCAAGGCCAUGCAACGUGCCAAGUACUACGUUGGUGGUACUUCUGAUGAGCAGCGUCAGCAUUACAUGCUCAAUGUCCCAGUCUACACUCACUUCACUAACCCCUCUCGUCGCUACACGGACAUCCUCGUGCACCGUCAACUCGAGGCUGUCCUGUCCGAGGGUUCUGUGGAGUUCACUGACGAUGUUGAGUCUUUGAACAAGACCGCCGACCUUUGCAACAACAAGAAGGACUCGGCUCUUAACGCCCAGGAGCAGAGCGUUCACAUUGAAGCCUGCCGCAACAUGGAUCGCAAGAGCCGUGAGAUUGGCGGUGACCUCAUUAGCGAGGGUAUUGUUCUCUGUGUCUACGAGUCCGCCUUUGACGUUCUCAUUCCCGAGUACGGCUUUGAGAAGCGUGUGCACUGUGAUCAGCUGCCACUGAAGAAGGCCGAGUACCGCAAGGACACUCGUGUGCUUGAAUUAUACUGGGAGAAGGGCGUUCCAUCGUCUGCCUACAUCCCCGAGGACGAGCGACCCAAGCCUGGCAACUCUCGCGCUGCUCAGGCUGCUGCGGCAGCUCGGGAGGCUGAGGCCGCUCGGGAGCGUGCUAGAGAGCGCGAUGAGGCCAUGCGCAAGCAGACUGAAACCGGCACCAUGUCUGCCGAUGAUGUCGAUGCCCUCUUCGACGACGAUGACGAUGUGGACGAUGUUACUGAGAUGGCGGCCGGUGUGUCGCUCAACUCGGCUGACCGUACCACUCAGAGCAUGCCACCAUCGCCCACCCGCAAUGGCCACCACCAGCAGGGACCUCACCGUACCCGCUCUGACCCCAAGAUUGCCUCCGGUGCCAACGAUGCGCCCGAGAACAAGUUGACCAACAAGGAGAAGUACUUGAGCCUGUUCAAGCUGAGAGAGGUGGAUGGAGACUUCAUCCAGGAUGUUACUGAGAUGACUCGUGUUCCCAUCAUCCUGAAGACUGACCUGAGCAAGAGUCCUCCAUGCCUCACUGUUCGCUCUGUGAACCCCUACGCCCUGUAG